UGUGCUCCGUUUCCACUCAGCGGCGGUAGAGGCGGAGAGACUCGGCAAACUGCCGGCGGAGAGGCUGAGUGACGGUGUGUCUCCCUGCGGUGAGCCGGUACUCCAGCAGGUGAACACCAUGAACUAUGUGGGGCAGCUGGCAGGCCAGGUGCUGGUGACAGUAAAGGAGCUCUAUAAAGGGAUCAAUCAGGCCACUCUCUCAGGCUGCAUUGACGUGAUUGUGGUCCGACAGCCCGAUGGGACGUUCCAGUGCUCUCCUUUCCACGUCCGCUUCGGAAAACUGGGGGUGCUGCGCUCCAGAGAGAAAGUAAUUGAUAUAGAGAUCAAUGGAGAACCUGUGGAGCUGCACAUGAAGCUUGGAGACAAUGGAGAGGCCUUCUUUGUCCAGGAGACGGAGCAGAAUAAUGAGAUUGUUCCAGCCCAUUUGGUGACCUCACCUAUCCCCACAGAAGAGCCUCUGUUCAGGAGCAGAGAAUCCAGAUGUGGGGGAACAACAGCAGAGACCAGCCAGCCCCUCACUCUGGAAGAGCCAGUCUCUGGAAACCUCCACCCCUGCUCCAAUUCAGCUGGUAAAAAGAAGAAGAGACGCAGGAGAAAGCACAAAGCCGAGCCACGUAAGGAGGAGCAAACGACGGCGUCUGCAGGCGGGGAGCUGGAGCUGUGUGAUCUCAGUUCAGAUGAAGAGCAAAAUGCACACAGUGGACGAGCAUCUUCACUGUCUGCAAUGAAGGAAAAUAUGGACCACAGACAACAUUCCCCACUCACCGCCCUUGAAUGGGACAGCUACCCAUUCUCUGAUGGCGACUGGUCGCCCUGCACUACGGAGGUGCCUGAGCCCAUGUCACCGAAGAGUGACUCGGAGCUGAUGGUGAAGCCGUCAGAGAGCAUGCUCAGGGCUGAGUCGCACAUGCAGUGGACCUGGGGGGAAUUUCCAGAAUCUACCAGGGUCAACAAAAAGGACAAAUGGGAGCCAAAGACGUUGACCAUCACUCCCUCAGAGAACACGCACUUCAGGGUUAUUUUGAGCUCUGAAGCCAUGGAGGAAGAGUCCAGAGGAGGACGGGGAACAGCAGAUCCCGUUUGCAGUAUCGUAAAACCUGAGCCCCGAACCAUCAAACCUGAUGAAUGUAGCUGCAAAGCGCAGCCCCCUGCUGCUUCAUCACAUGGUACAAACAUUACAGAACCCAACCCAGACCUUUCAAGUUUGAUAUCGAGCAGCUUUACACCAGAGCCCUGCCCAAGCAAUGCUGACCUCAGUGCAAAAAAUACACGCAAGGCCAGGUGGACAUCUUCACCUCCCAGCCGCCAGGACAGCAGCUCGACUGUCAGCGGAGGUAGUAACCAGACCGGAGACUCUGCAGCUGUUUGUCCUGACCCAAGUGCCACUUCAAAAGCCACCGACUCACCCAUCAAGAGAAGGGUUGUGAGGAAGAGGAGCCAACAUCAGGGACCGGAAGAUAUUUACCUGGAAGACCUCACUGCACUCGAGCCUGACGUUGCUGCCCGGUACUUCCCAAAAAGUGAGUCAGAACAGGUCAAUAAACACUGGGUGGAGACAGGACAACGCUCUGGAUCCCAGUCACCCCAGUCAGUGGGGAGUGCAGCAGCAGACAGUGGCACUGAGUGUCUGUCUGACUCUGCUGGAGACCUGCCUGAUGUCACGCUGUCACUGUGUGGAGGCGUCGGUGAGAACUCGGAGAUCUCUAAAGAAAAAUUCAUGGAGCACAUCAUAACCUACAAUGACUUUGCAGAGAAUCCGGCAAUUAUUGAUAAUCCUAAUUUGGUGGUCAGAAUUGCAAACAGGUAUUAUAACUGGACACUGGCAGCACCAUUGAUACUCAGUAUGCAAGCUUUCCAGAAGAACCUGCCAAAGGCUACAGAGGAGGCCUGGGUGAAGGAGAAAAUGCCAAAAAAGUCGGGACGCUGGUGGUUCUGGAGAAAGAGCAGCGUGAAGCAGUUAUCAUCAGAGACCAAGUUGGAGAGACAGGAGUCUCUGACCACAGAGAGCCCUUCCCUCCACCAGGCCCCAGAAACACAGCAGAAAGCUGCAGAGUGGUCCAGCGAUGAUGAGACUAAAGAGCUGAAUGCUGUGGCUCCUGCUUUAACACCUACUGAGCGCGUGCAGACGGAAAACCAAGCACCACAACCGUGUCACUCUUACAAGAAAUCCCUCCGCCUUUCGUCUGAUCAGAUAGCCAGCCUGAAGUUAAGAGAGGGGCCAAAUGAUAUGACCUUUAGCAUAACCACUCAGUACCAGGGAACGUGCCGCUGCGCAGGGACCAUCUACCUGUGGAACUGGGAUGACAAGGUCAUCAUUUCUGACAUCGAUGGGACCAUCACCAAAUCAGAUGUGUUUGGUCAGAUUCUACCUCAACUUGGUAAAGACUGGACCCACCAGGGAAUUGCUAAGCUUUACCACUCAGUGCAUGAGAAUGACUACAAGUUCCUGUACUGCUCGGCUCGAGCCAUCGGCAUGGCUGACAUGACUCGAGGGUAUUUGCACUGGGUGAACGACAGAGGGACUCUCCUGCCUCAGGGACCCCUCCUCCUCUCCCCAAGCAGCCUCUUCUCAGCCUUCCACAGAGAAAUCAUAGAAAAGAAGCCUGAGAAGUUCAAAAUCGAAUGCCUCACAGACAUCAAGAACUUGUUCUUCCCAAACACACACCCCUUCUAUGCUGCCUUUGGAAACAGAGAAAGCGAUGUGUUUGCCUACAAGAAAGUGGGCGUUCCUGCGUGCCGAAUAUUCACAGUGAAUCCCAAGGGGGAGCUGAUCCUCGAACAAGCCAAAGGCAAUAAAACAUCAUACAGCCGGUUGAGUGAGCUGGUGGAACAUGUUUUCCCUCUGCGGAGUACACAACACAACGCCACCUUCAGCUGCCCAGAGUUCAGCUCCUUCUCUUACUGGAGAGAGCCCAUCGCUGAGGUGUGCCUCGAGGAGCUGCUUUAACUCGGACUACCAGAUCCCGAACACUUUAAAGUCAACCAGUUUAACUCUGGUUAUUUUGUUGACUCUGCAAACGCUUAAUACCAGUUACGUUCCAACGUCGGUGAGCUUUGUAGACCACUAAGACGGUUUGGAGUAUUGAUUCACUCCAUAUUGCAAAUAUAUUUCCUUCAUGCGCCUCAUUAUUUAAACUUCACAGAAAAGAACUUUAUCUGAAGGCUUUUGCAAAGUUUUCCUUACAGGAGCAGAAGUUUCUUAAGGACUUGUAUAGACAGUGGAGCUAUAACAGUUUGUGAUCAGACUGUCCAACAUACGAGGUGUGAUCACAAAGUCCUGCGACUUCAUGCACAAUUUUAAAAAACUGUACCUUAUUUAAAUUUAGAUGAUUUCCCAUUCAAGGUCGUCUCCUUGUGCACCUCUGGUCUACUUCCAGCACUGCUGCAGUUUUAUUUCACACUUUUUUUUUUGACUAUUUACACUUUUGUGUUUUACAAGUUUAACCAAGACUUUGGUGUUGAUGUUCGUCAGUGGUGUAAGAGUUCAGUCUCUGGGUACGAGACUUUUUUUCCAGGUUAUUGUAUUUUGUACCUUGAUUUUCUUUCCUCUGGAUCAGACGGUCACUGUGGACUGUGGAGCACCGUUGUGUGCUGGCAUGCAGCUGAUUUUAGCUAAACCAACACAACCGAUUCUGACCACAUUGCAAGUUUUUCCUGAGAAUGAAAAUUUUACGUUAAAGAUUGAGUAUUUUUGACAAACUGGAGCAGAUUUAGGGCACAUUGAAAGCACACAAGUACAAAUGAAAAGGACAACAGAAUGGUGUGAAACCAUCAGCAAUGCUGGAAGUAGUUUAGCAAACCCAAGAAGACUAAAUGUGAAGGGAAAUCACAAAUGUAAACUGGGUAUGAUUUGAAUAUUUGUACGGGUGAGUCAUGGAGUUAUAUUUGCAAAUUUUGGUGGUGUAUGCAGAACGGCUGUGUAAGCAUCCUUUUAUCGCCUUAUUUUGUUUAUAACAAUCUUAUUUAAUGUGUAGUUUUAAAAAGCUGAAGGAUUUUGCAUUAAUAUGCUAAGACGAAAAUUGUGAAAUGAUUUGCUUGGGUUUAACUGUAUUACUGCAAUUUUUAAAAAAAAAUGCUGCUACUAGAAAAUCAUUUUGUUAUUUUCACUUCAUUUUUCAUGUUUUACUGAUGUUUUGGCAGACGUUACUGUCAGUAAAAUUUAUUGCACUCUUUCUAUGAAAGUAAUAAACUUUGUGUGAAGAGAACACAGUAUUUUUUUUGUUUUAUUAAGGUAAUUUUCCCUUUAGAGUAAGGAAAGUUUCUGCUGCUUUGAGUUCUUUUCUGUAGAUCCCUGUGAUUACUUUGUGUGGAUUUGUGUUGAUGUAACAGUGCGAGCACAAAGAAUGACCAGAUUUCUGAUAAAUACAUGCUCUAAAAGCAGAAAUGUAAUUUUUUUUUAAGGUGUCAAAAUGCAGAUUUACUGUACAUAAACGAAUGCAUAGUAGUAUAUUUAAAGUAUGUAUAGGACUGAUAAACAGUUAAAACAUGUUGGAUGAUGCAUUAAUAAAAGACUUUAUUUAAAGGAUGAUCAAGACUUAUUUUAUACAUUUAGCAUGUGUGUCUCUGUGUUACCUCAAAGUCGUGGGGGAUGCUAAGAGUAGAAAAAAGUAUCUAAGUUGUUUACUUGAUUACUCUGUGAAUGUGAGGAAACUUCCAUUGCUACACACUUGCAUGCUCAAGCAAAUAUUUGAGAACUAUGUUAAAAUUUUACAAUAAAAACACUGCAGUGUAAACUAUAUAUUAAUACUCAUGAAGUGAAAUCAUCUCAGUUAUUUGGAGAUCAAAUUAUAUUAUAGCUAUAACAUCACAAUGAGCUCUAGUAUGUCAUCAAUAAUGUGCACCAUACUU